ACGCACGCGACACUCGCAUCUGUAGUAAACGUCAGAGUCGACCAACUGUUCCGAUCGCGGGGUGAUCCUGUUCUGUUGCCGGUCGCUGCAGCUGGGUACCGCCGGUCUCUUCACCUCGCGUGGUCCUCGGAGGGAGUGUGAUCGCUGAAACGGUGAACAUGCAGCCUGCAGCAGCGAAGUGGUACGACCGACCGGACUGUGUUUUCGUAGAGUUCUGCGUGGAGGACAGUAGGGAUGUGCAAGUCAAAUUCGACAAGUCAAAAAUCGAUUUUGGCUGUGUCAUUGGAACAGAUGACAUCAAGCACGAGAAUACAUUGGACCUUUUCGGGGAGAUCGACCCCAAAGGAUCCAAGCACAGACGCACUGACAGGUCUGUGAUGUGCUGUUUACGAAAAGCAGAGCCUGGGAAACCAUGGCCACGACUCACCAAAGACAAGACAAAGUGCAACUGGCUGAGUGUGGAUUUCAAUAAUUGGAAAGACUGGGAAGACGACUCAGAUGAGGACAUGUCAAGAUAUGACAAAUUCUCAGAGAUGAUGAACAGCAUGGAAGGGGAUGAUCUAUGUGAUUUAGAUGAGCAUUAUUCUGCAGACAGUGACGAUGAAUAAAUCCCCGACCUCAAGUAGAUGAAUACGAAAGCAACGCCAGUAGUAAACAAAGCAAAUUGUUAGUCGGUUGAAGAGAGAGGAGGCACGAGUUGGCAGCCAUGUUGGAGAAGAAACCUCAUCUCUCUGCGCAGUUUCCGAGGCGAAGCCCCUCAAGGGUGUGACAUGGAGCGACUGUUUGAUACAGACAUGCACAGAGAUCCAUAGCGACAUACAGAGCUGUGCUGUGCUGUUCUGCAUGGACAAUUCUGUUCAAAUGAAAAUGUUAUUGUUCAUUGAGUUAAAUGACUGUAAUGGGAUGUGCUGAUGUCUUACACCUCUUUUAUUUUACUUUGCGAUGUCGGAUUAUCUAUUGAACAUUGGGAAUUCUAAUGAAGAAAAAGAAAAACUCAAAAAUGCCUAUUUUCCAAAAAAGUAGUUUUUUUUUAAUGACACAUUUUUUCCCCCUUAAUUGUUUGUAUUGUAAAUUGCACUUUUGUUGUUUGUUGAUAUAAAAAAAAGGAUUUCUGCUUCGAAAUGGAUGGUAUGCAACAUAUGCAAAUAUUCAAUAAUAUAAUUUUCCAACAUAUUUCAGCAAUUGAAAUAAUAAACAGAUAUGCUUGUGCAACAGCUCGUGUUGAGAUUACGGUAGAAGAGUGGUGCUAUAUUCGCAUGUAGUACCUUUGUGAAGGUGAGUUUGUGUCUUUAUGCCAGUUUUCAAAACAUUGCACAAGGACACCGGUACACAAGUUCAUUUUUCUUCCAUGUGCAUACUGCAUCGAGGGCAGACAUCCUAUGUAGUCUACCCAGCAUUUCCCAAGUAGUUAAAAAUGGUGCUGUUUAUAAAUGUAAACACACUAGAACGAUGUUAUUUUGAGGCUUCAGUGUUUUAUUCAACAUGUGUUGAACACUUGCGUUUGUCUUAUGCUGUGGGAGUUUGAGCAAAAAUUUCUAAUAAACUGUUUCAGAUUGUUGAA